UGGCCGGUGACGUGUCUCUCUGUCCCCACAGUGAACCCCUGCUGCUCCUACCCCUGCCAGCACCAAGGCGUAUGCGUGAGGGUCGGCGUGGGCGGGUACGAGUGCGACUGCACGCGGACGGGGUACUUCGGGGACAACUGCACCUCCCCCGAGCUCUGGACGCGCCUCCGCCAGCUGCUGAAGCCCAGCCCUGCCUUCUACCACUUCAUCCUCACCCACUUCAGGUUGUUCUGGGACAUCGUCAACAGCACCUUCAUCAGGGACACGCUCAUGAGGCUGGUGCUCACAGCCCAGGCUCUCCUCUUCUGCGGGGAAUCGCAGCCUGUGGAUCUCGGGCACUUGUACGGGGACAACCUGCAGCGGCAGCACCAGCUGCGACUCUUCAGAGACGGGAAGCUGAAGUUCCAGGUGGUGGACGGAGAGGUGUACCCCCCCACGGUCACUGAUGCUCCGGUUCACAUGGUGUACCCUCCGGGCGUCCCCAAGGAGAAGCAGCUGGCAAUGGGGCAGGAGGUGUUCGGGCUGCUGCCGGGGCUCUGCCUGUAUGCCACGCUCUGGCUGCGCGAGCACAACCGCGUCUGCGACGUCCUCAAACGGGAGCAUCCCACCUGGAGCGACGAGCAGCUCUUCCAGACGGCUCGGCUCAUCCUCAUUGGGGAGACCAUUAAGAUCGUCAUUGAAGACUACGUCCAGCACCUCAGCGGGUACUUCCUCAGCCUCAAGUUCGACCCCGAGCUGCUGUUUGGGACACAGUUCCAGUACCGGAAUCGCAUUGCGGUGGAGUUCAACCAGCUCUACCACUGGCACGGGCUGAUGCCCGACUCCUUCGUCAUCCAGGGAGAAGAGUACAGCUACGAGCAGUUCCUCUACAACACCUCUAUGCUCAUGGACUAUGGCGUGGAGGCGCUGGUCGAGUCCUUUUCCAAGCAGAUUGCAGGAAGGGGAAGAUCCUGCCCUCCCCUCCUGCCAGUAAGAUCCGUCCCCCCCCUCCUGCCAGUGCUGGGGCUGCAGAACACGGGGAGGGAUGCUGGUAGUGCUGGGAGGGAUGCUGGUGGUGCUGGGAGGGAUGAUGGUGGAGAGGAAGAGAAGGCGGCAGAGCUGGAGGAGCUGUAUGGAGACAUCGAUGCGCUGGAGUUUUAUCUGGGCUUGCUGCUCGAGAAGCCCCAACCCAAUGGGAUUUUUGGAGAAAGCAUGGUAGAGAUCGGAGCUCCGUUCUCCCUGAAGGCUGCUCCGGGGCUGCUCGGGAACCCCAUCUGCUCCCCGGAGUACUGGAAACCCAGCACCUUUGGCGGAGCGACUGGCUUUGAGAUAGUGAAGACGGCAUCGCUCGAGAAACUCGUGUGCCUCAAUGUGAAGAAGUGCCCGUACGUGGCGUUCCGUGUGCCCGAUACCUCAGCCCAUGGCGUCCCCAGGCACGCGUCCCCGCUGCUGCCCUGCUUCAGCACUGCACGCCGGUGCCAGCCCUCGCCCGCAUAA